UGCUUCUGUAUUUUUCGAGCAAUAAAAAAAAAUGGCCACGAGUCAUGGACAGCUCGCGUUUCUACCUAGUGACUGCACUUUUACUCAAGUUUACAAGAUCGAUAUGCGUUCUUUUCUCGCUAGCAGCUUCUGCGGUCCUCCCGCGCAUUCGUGCGGCCACUCUGGUGUUGUCACCCGAUUGCAGUCGGCAGCUCUCGCAGGACACGUUGCGAGAUUGCGUGGAUUGGGAAGCGGGAAAGGAUCUGUUGCAGCCGGGCUCCGGGCGUCUGGUGUGCACCUGCGGCGGCAUAGUGCACAGCGACAGAGAAGCCGACGGUCGACCAGCCUUUCCGCCCGUUUUUAUCGCAUCCACCGAAGGAGCAGGAUCUACAGAGCAAGAUGGACGAGUACAGCUGGUGAAAAACACACCACCUCCGACCAGCGCUGGCUCCGCCACUUCGGCAGCGAUGCUCGAGCGACUCCAGAAGCUCGAGACGAUGCUGAAUCUCCGCGAGUAUCUGAUCGAGCGCAAGCACGGCAAGGAGAGUCGGGAACAAGGCCCGUCCAACUCCAAUAUUAACGGGACAAUAAACCGCCUGCUGGACAAGAAGCGGUGCGGAUGGCCGGAUGCGUGCCAGAGUGCGUUCUACCUGAAGGACCUCGCAUUGGAGCUGAUGGAAAGGCAUCCCGAUGGGAAAGACGCUCAGCUUGGAGUUCUGGAGCUCGGCGUGUUGGGGGGUAGCAGCAGCGUGUUUUUCGUCGGCAUGUACCGGAAGGUCUACUUUGUCGACGUGUAUCGCGAGCACCUGGAGACGGUCAGAAAUGUGCUGGAGGAACUAAAACGCGACGAGUUUUUAUCCUCUGUGUUUACUAACGAAAAUCCGGAACGAACAACUACAACAAGCAUCAGCCUGGCUCUUGCUGCCGUUUCCUUCCACCACUUUGAUCUUUACGCCGAAUCGUGGCGGCGAAACUUCGGGCAGUUUUAUCCCGAGGGUGUUGCAGCCGACGUUGCUGUUGUGGACGCCGACCACCGGUACAGAAAUGUUUUGAUGGAUUUAGAUAAUUUGUUCCGGAUCCCGCAACUGCACUACAUCGCGUUGCACGAUUUCGGCGUAUCUGUGGACGUGCAUCGCGCAGUGCUGGAGGUGCAGGCGGAAGGAAAAAUGGAAUGCAGGAAAGUGGAUAGCGCAGGCUCUAUGUCUACGAACACGAUUGGCGUUAUGCUGGAGCAGAACUGCCACUGGUUCGGGCGAGACGCGGCAUUGUGGCAGGAAGGAAUUUUUUGCCAAGUGCACAGAGAGAGGUCGCAGUUGCGUGACCGUCAUGUUGGACUGUCGCGUAGAACAAGUAGCCGCGACAGCAUCUUCACAGAACCGCAUACGGAAGAAGGAACUUUUCUCGACGAUGGUGUGGGCGAAGAUUAUAAUGCGGAGCAGAAUCAUGCAGGGCAGAUUGUCGUAACCAGUAAGGUAGACGGGGACGUCGAUUCAAGUGAGCGGUCCGUGUCAAACGGCGAAGAGCCUACAAAUAUCAGUCCCCGCUUUUCCGGCCAGGAGCUUUCCGUGCCGUCGCUUUCCGCCUUCCAGCAGGUCCCGGCGUAUGGCGUAGCGGCAAACUUCGUCAGAGAAGGAGUGCGCGUCCGAACUAACAACGGGGUCUAUGUGCAUGGGAGGGAUGUGCAGCGACUUUAUCAGACCGCGGUGAACGAUUUGGUCCGCCGACUCGUGCUUCUCUUUUCCGGCUACUGGUUGCACGGGACCACGGUGUGGCGCAACCAGGUUUUGGUCAAUGCCGGGCACCGUCGGGAGUUCCUGCUUUUGCUGAAGCCCUUCCGCGGCACUGAGGAAGCAACGCCGGAAGUUACGCAGCUAUACUCUCAACGUGCGCAGGUACUGUCGCAAGGCGUGUCAGAAGAGGAACAGUAUCGUGUACUAAAUCCCGGACCAACACAAUUUUGCUUUGACUUCGACCCCGAGCCCUUUCGGGACUACUUUCACACGGUCGGAAAAGAAAUCGCGGAUGUGGAGCGGCGCGCGGCAACAGAGUUCCUACAGAAGAAUCUUCGUGGGGCUCCUCCGGAAGUUGAUGCUGAAAAAAGCAAAAGUAGUGGCGACGGAAUAUUAAACGAAGAGGAGGAGGCUGAAGCGCUUUUUGCAAACGUCAGAGACGUUUUGUUUCGGUCCAACCAGCAAGGCCCGCAAGGAGAGAAUGCGGAAAAGAACGGUAUGGGCGGGAGUUUCCCACCCUCUUCUGAGCUAGAAGCAUUCACAAAUACGCGGUUGAAGCGCAAGCUAGGACACCGUAUUCCUGAUUUCUCCCAGAUCAGCACGCAGCCGUUUAGUGUGCACUUGCUCGACGUGAGUCUGUGUCCUGAGCUGUACAACAACGAAGGGGGCGAAGAUGAAAACAUACUAAACGGCGCAAAAAAAGAUGAAACAUCUGGGCGGUCUGCACCAAAUUUGGACGCCUUGCUGGAAAAGGUGCUCUACGAGCAUCCGAGUCGCUGUCGCUACGACCUGUUGCAGGUUUCACCCGCGAGCGGGAACACGACUGAAGCGGCGAGGAAUUAUCGGUUUCACGAUUUCUGGACGCAUGCGUGGAAAUUUGUCUUUGCGAAGCCGGGAGCGCUGGCAGAGCAAGUAAAGUUAACUGCGGAAGAAGCACGAGUACCCGGUGCGCGCGUUAACACAAAAAAUGUAGCGCAGUACCUUGAGCCAGGAUGGGAGCUCCUACCUUCCGAGCAUUGGGGUAAACUCUAUCUGCAAAAAGUGGGACGGACAGGCGUGUCGGGGGAAACUGUGCAUCUGGUGAAGAAGCGAGACAUUUUGACAACCACGCUAGCGCUGGAUUACUUCUCGCAGUUGUAAACAGCAGCGCUUUGAAAAUUUGUGAAAUUACUGCGCCGACCGAUGGAGAUCUAUUUCACGGCCCCGUUUAUAGUGCGCUUUUUUGCGCACAGACACGUUCACGUUUUGAACAGUUUAGUGUUUCUGUAUCAGACGAAAAAUUCUGAGAAUAUUCUUUUUUUUCUGCGCGAUGUGAGUAUUUUUUUUUUUCAGAAGUGAAGCAUGAAAACGCGAUUUACAAGUGAGGCGCAUUCGAUGCAGUCAAGCUUCCCAACCACUGGCGAUGGUGUUUGUUUGUUUUUCCGCCUAUUGUUGUAUGUUUGAUGCUCUAGAAAGCCUGGGAGAUCAGUUGCGAUAGCGCGACGCUCUUUAUUGCAAUUAAGAUUCAACCUCAGUCAUUCUAGC